GUGGACUGGCUGAAGAACGAGGACCUCAUAGAUCCGUCGCAGGACUCAAACUUUCUGAUCACCAUCGAUCACGAUCUGAUAAUCAAACAGGCCAGACUCUCCGACACGGCCAACUACACCUGUGUGGCUCGCAACGUGGUGGCCAAGAGACGCAGCAGCACGGCGACCCUUAUUGUUUAUGUGAGCGGAGGUUGGUCUUCUUGGACUGAGUGGUCGGAGUGUAACGCUCGAUGUGGGCGGGGCUGGCAGCGACGGACGCGCAGCUGCACCAAUCCAGCCCCUCUGAAUGGAGGAGCCUUCUGUGAGGGCCCGCCCUUCCAGAGAGUCACCUGCACCACGCUGUGCCCAGUCGACGGAGGCUGGAGAUGGGCAAAGUGGUCCGCCUGUGCCGAGUGCACCCACUGGCGCAGUCGUGAGUGCCCCCCCCCGCCCAGAAACGGAGGAAAGCACUGCGGCGGCAGCAUGAUGGAGAGCAAAAACUGCACCGAGGGCUGUGUGCGCGCA